AUACUAAUACGAACAACAAUACCAAAAGACACCACGAAACAACUGCUAUAUGUUCUCUUCUUAUCCAGAGACGAGAAUUUCCAGCAAGUUCCAAACCCAGCUGGAAUCGACCCAACUCCAGCAAAUACCCAACCCGGCAGUCCACUUCAAUCAUCCUUACUCGAACAGGUGUCUCGAUCUUGCGCCUCAACCAUCCUUCAUCAAAAUGGACGGCUAACUUCAUUUAUGCCAUUGAGGAAUUUGUAUAAGAUGGUGCUAAUUCCAGCAGCCUUAUCCUGGAGAGAGAAGAUUCAAAUUUGAGUUUCAAAAAAAAAAUACACUUGUUUCCCGCCUUUUUCAAUUCAAAUCUUCCCUCUAUAAAUACCCUACUGUCUUCAUUGUUAUGGGGGACUUUUUAAAAAAGAAAAAAAGUGAAUUGAUAAAGAGAAAAGUUGGAAAAAAGUUGAAAUAAAAUGGGGAAAAGGUUGGGAAAUUUUUAGAGCAAAAUAUUGAGGGAGUUAUCAUUAGAGAAGAAAUCACAGAAAAACUGCUGGCUGUGCUGCUAUAUAUGAAAUACUUAAGAUUAAGUCCUGAAACCAGAGAGUGAGGUUCAGAUUUUGUUUGGCCUUCUCACUCGUAUCUUGUUUACGGGAGUUUGUCGGAGUCUGACUUGUGGUAAUGGAAUUGCUCUCAAACUCGUUGCCCCAUUUCGUUGCUCAUUAUGAGAUCCAAAGAUUGCAUGACCCAUUAUUCAUGAAGAACAAGAAUGUAGUUAAGCCAAAGAAAAAGACUGAAGAAAUCCAUAAAAAAAAGGCCAAGAAAAGUUACACAUGUUGUUUCCAGACCCACACUUCCUAAGGGCAUUAAUUAUGUUAUUAAAAAAAAUACCAGCACAUCCAUUGAGGUUUGGAGCGACUUUCAAUUUUGAUUUUGUGAAUAAAAUCAAAUUAUCAAUAAAGGAUGACGGCGUUGCAAUGUUCAAAAAAAACAAUUUUUGGACCAUAUUUGGAAAUUCCAAAAUGUAAUUUCCAGGGUCAGAUUAUUAAGUGUUUGUUGUUGUUGGAGCUGCGACAUGAAAAUAAAGAUGUACUGCAUGUUCGUCAUGCUAAUGGGAAUGUAUUGAUGUUUGGUAUGAAAGAAUUUGCCAUUGUAACUGGCCUAAAAUGCAAAGGAAAUGUUAAGGAUUUUUCAUAUCCUAAUUCCACUCCGAGCCGGUUAUUACAAAAAUAUUUCCCUGAUUGUCCUACGGGUAUAACCAAGAGUCGAUUGAUACAGCGUUUUGCAAUGGGUAAUUGGGAGACCACACAGGAAUCUGUGGAAAUGGCAAUAGUAUACUUCAUCAAUACUUUCAUGUUAUCCAUCUUGGUGAGACCUUCAUACGUAUAGAAGAAUUUCUAAUGGUCGAAGAUGGUAGGUAUGAAAUGUAUCCUUGGGGUCAGAUUGCAUUAAAUAAGCUGACUACAUCACUCAGGCAAGACUUCAACAAACGCAAACAGAUGUAUCGCUUAUUUGGUAUGCCUUAUGCACUCAACAUUCUGAUUUAUGAAUGUGCAUCUACUCUAAGUCCAGACCUUGCUGUUAAAGUAGCGAAUGGUAUUCCGAGGAUAUGUAAUUGGACAGUGGUGGCUGAAAAGCCAAAAUAUGAAAAGUUAAUGACUAGCAUUUCUCCGAGAUGAGGUGGAAGCCCUUGAUUUACUUGAUAGUCAAGUGGUCAACAGAAAUGAACUAUCCACGCCACCUGUUGGUGCAAAAAAAGUGCAAAUUAAAGAUAAGUCAGGUUUUGAGGAUUUUUCAACAAGCCCUCCUGAUCAUUUAUUGAGAAGAUCAUCUCAUAUAUCUGAUACAUCAUCUCCACCACCACUCAAGAGGAGAAAGAAUACUGAUACACACAAAACAAAGGGUUCGAAAACUUUGUCAAAGCAGUUAAAGCCGCAAUUAAAUCAGUCAUUCUCAAUGCCAUCUGAAGAACCUACCCCGCCUGCUAAUGUAUCUUCUGCCCAUGUAUCUUCACAAGUCUCAAAAGAUAAGUCUGUAUAUCCCGAUAUUGAAGAACUAUAACAACAUAUGAAGGAAUACGUUGACUGUAAAUUUGAGUAUCUUGUGAAUUUGAUAAAGGCAAAUCACAUUGAGGUGAUGAAUUUUAAGAAUAGGGAGGAUGACCAACAACCAAAGGAUAUGGGCGGCAAGUCUACACCGCACAUGGUUGAAGUUUCCGAUGAAGAAGGCAAUGAUGGACACCAAGCAACCUCUCCGAUACAACUGGAAUUUGAUGUUGACAGUCAGACUGAAGAUACAUUGAAGAAUCAUCAAGUAAUGAAGGACGUUUCAGAACUUCAAUCCCCAAAUUCAAAUAGUCAUCAUACUGAUGAAACAUGUGAACACAGUAAGGAUGCUCCAUCAGCGCAAACGCCUCAUCAUUUAUUUGAAGGAACAAUGAACGAAGAUACAUCGGAUUCUACACCAUCUGGUUCAAUAUCUCCAGAUACACGAGAAACUAUGAAUACACUUAUUGCUGAUCUAGGAAGUCUGCUUAUUCAUGCAAAUCAACAGAAGUUAACCGAAAAUCAAAGUUUGCUUUCGGACAGUCAAUUACCAAUUGAUAUUUCAAUCACAAAUAUUGUUGUCCGAAGCGAAAUAAAUACUCCUCAUGCACGUAUCCGGAUGCCUUCGAGAAACUGCAAAUCUCCUUAUUUAACUUCAUUUGGGUCAACUGAAAAAGGAAAAGCGGUCAUGACUGAUGUAAUUCGUCCAAAUUUUCCAUUUCAAGGAUGUGAGAUCACAAACCAAGCCCCUUCAUAUCUGAUUGAUAAGUUUAUUGAGUGGGUUACUACAGGGCUUCUUAAAGCUCAUUCAAAAAAGAAACCAUCAGAAGAUAAAUACAAAUCAAGAGCAUCUUCAUUGGGUUUUGAAAUGAUGGAUUAUGUCGUUGCAUUUCCGACAAAUAAGAAUUGGUUUUAUGCCAUGUCUCAGCCUAAAAACUGUUGGACUGAUCAGCACAUCGAUGUUAUUUUUUACUACAUUCGUAAAAAAUCAAAACUUUGAAGCAUGAAUCAGUAUAGAUACACAACAGUCAAUGGUUUGUUCAGCACACAUAUCAACAAUAUCCAUGAUAGGUAUUAUAACAAUGAGGCUGAUGAUGAUAUUAGUACCCAAGAACACCUUGAUCGUGCAAGAGCUGUAUCAGUACAUGAGAGGUCAGUAAUCAACGUCAUGAAAGGUUUUUCAAUACCAGCUGGAUUACCAUGGCAUCUGGUGGACGAUGUUUAUAUUUCGAUUAAUUAUGAUGGAAAUUUUCAUUGGGUAUUAGCUGUGGUUGAAUUGAAUAAGAGGUUGAUACGCGUGUAUGACUCUUCUUUGGGCACAAGGAAACGUGUAUAUUCUGAGGAGAUAAAAAAUUUGUCAAGGAUGCUACCUUCUUACCUCAUUGACAGUGGUUUCUUUGAAAACACUGAGUGGACAAACUGGUCAGUUCUUGAUGCAUACAAGGACAAACAAACGGGUGUACCUUUAGAGUCACAUAUUCCUUUCAACAUUGAAUACGCUGAAGGUAUCAUGCAACAAGAAGACGAUAGCCUGGACUGCGGGUUAUACGUAGCUACAUUUGCAGAGUUUUUGAGUGACCAACUUGUUAUACCACCUGAUACUGAUGGACAUCUUGCGAUGUU